AUGGCAUCAAGAUUUCCAAAGUUCAGCCAAGGCUUGGACAAGGACCCAACUACUCAUCGUAUUUGGUUUGGUAUUGCUACUGCACAUGACUUUGAGAGUCAUGAUGAUAUUACCGAAGAGCAUCUUUAUCAAAAGAUUUUUGCUUCUCACUUUGGUCAAUUAGCUAUAAUCUUUCUGUGGACCUCUGGCCUUGCUUCUAUUGGACCUGGCAUUGGUCAAGGCACUGCUGUAGAACAAGUUGUUGAAGCUACAAGAAGAUUUUUGCCACGUAAAACUAAACAUCGAAUACUGAAAGGAGUUAUUUAUGUUCGAGAAAGUUUUCACAAUACCAUUGUUACUGUUACAAAUACACGGGGGCAAGCGGUUUCUUGGUCUUCUGCCAGUGCUUGUGGAUUCAAAGGUACAAAAAGACGUUCACCAUUUGCUGCUCAGACUGCAGCAGCAAAUGUUGUUGAUACCUUAGUAAAUCAAGGUCUUCUGAAAGAAGCAGAAGUUAUGAUAAGUGGCCCUGGUCCAGGGAGAGAUACAGCAUUACGAGCCAUUGCUCAAAGUGGUAUACAAUUAAGUUAUGUACGUGAUGUAACUCCUAUGCCACAUAACGGAUGUAGACCUCCCAAAAGGAGACGUGUAUAA